GGAAGUGCUGCGGAAGGGGCCGCCGGAGGCGCGAAGGAGCCGCUCGGGGCCGAUGGGCCGGGAGGGCUCAUGGAGCGGCUCCGCAGGCUGUGGAGGGGGCGGACGAUGACCUUCGGGAUCCCCCUGCUGUUGUACAUUGUUGGUGGAUCUUUUGGACUCCGUGAAUUUGCUCAGAUAAGAUAUGAUGUCCACAAACUUCAUGGCAAGGUUGAUCCUGCUUUGAAAGAAAAAUUAAAGCAGAAUAAUGUGACACUGGAGUCUGAAUAUAAGAAACUGGAAAAGUCUGACUUGGAUAACUGGGAGAACAUCAGAGGACCCCGUCUGUGGGAAGAUUCCAGGACUAUUCAGAAGCAACAGCGGGAGGCUAGCCGUCUGAGGACAGAGUGACUGAGCAAGCCUCCUUCAGUGCCUCUGGAAAAUCAUGUCUCAGGCUGGACUAUCUAACUUUUUAAUCCAAUGUCAGAUAGACAUGGGAAUGGGGGGAAGAGGAAUCUGCACUGAGCAAUCCAUGCCAAUGCAAAUUAAUGUGAGAUCAAUCAGAAAGACUAUAUUAUAUGAAGUUUUUUGCAUCCAUUUGCACAGAGCUCCACAGGCUGUGUAUAUGAAUUCUUAAUUAAAAAAAUAGCUGAUUAUUCCACUGAAAUUAUCAGUCUUCCUUUCCCAUUGUUUUUCGACAGCUAUUGUUUAAAACUAAGAUGCCUCAGCAAGGAAUGACAUCUCAAGAGUCAGCUUGUCAGUACCACAAGUUUUCACCCUAAUGAGAAUAACAGUGCUGUCAUCUAGAUGUGUGUGACCAGAUAAAUGCUGCUUCAGAGAGCUCCUGCAUGACUUCAGGCUCUUAGCUUAGAAGGGACUCCACACACAUAAGCUGUUCAGGAACAGUGGGCCCAUUUUUGGCUAAAUAAUGGUCUGGUGUUGCAUUUCCAGGAACUUGCCUAUACACAAGCCUAUGCAGAGUGUCAGUCAGUAAUUGUUUAAAUAACAUUUGUGUAGCCAUGAUCAGACUUCUGUAAUUAGUUUAUUGAUACUCUGGUGUGGGCAGGGAUGUUUGCAGUGGAACUUCUCGGUUUGAUUUGGAAAAAUUCUUCCUCAAUAAAAGCUGUGCUGUUUUUGUGUGA